AUGUACAUAGCGCUGGACCAGAGCCCUCUGCGGCUGGGUGCGUUCCGCAUGCGCGACGCGAUGACGUCCGUGGAACAUCUCACGCACGUACUCACCGUGCACUACCUCUCCGCGGCCUUGCUUAGUGCGGGGUGGGUGGUGGGCGGUCUGGAGCUGGUGGGUGCACCGGGUGCGCUGGCGGCUCGCGUGGGCGGCGCGGCGGGUGGGGUGCGGGGCGUGGCGACCACUGCCGCCGCCGCGCUGCUUCGCUCGCUCAGCGCCGCCGCCGGGUCGCUGGCGCGCAACCUUGACCUGCUCGCCGGCGAUGACGACCACGCGCAGCGAGCCGCCGCAGCCAGGAGACGUCCUCCGCCUAGUCUGUUGGCAGGCUUGGCAGCGGGGCUUACUAAUUUUGCUAUUAAUAUACUUGGUGCGGUGGGAGGGCUGGCGCACCACCCGGUGGUGGGCGUGUGCGUUGGCGAGGCGAGCGGCGGCGCGGCGCUGAGGCGCGGCCUGGUGGGCGCGCUCGCCAAGCCGCUGAGCGCCACCGCUGACCUGGUCGCCUACGCAGGACAAGGCCUGCUCGCGCAGACGGGCUGGGAUGCCGCGCCCCAGGCGCGCGAGUGGGGCGGCGAGACGGAGGGCGGGGUCGCGGGCGCGGAGGCGUGGCGGCGCGCGUGCGUGCGCUGGGCCUUCCGGCUGGCGGAGCUGCCUGCGCUCGCCGGGUACACGGUGCUGCUGCAAUCCGCGCCAAUGCUGCUCAUCGUCACGCAAAAGUUCCUAGUGUUGGCCGAUCCUGACACGGAACGCAUCGUGGAAAUGAUAGAUUUAAAGUUAUGCACCGUGCAGCCACUGCAGGGCGAAGUUGUCGAGGUGUUGGUGAAACAACGUCGCCCCGGCAAACUGCCUGAGACAUUAGAAGUAGCAGACGAAAAUAAUGAAUACCAGAUCAGCGCAGCUGCAAUGGCGCGCGUGGCGCGGUACACGGGUUCGAGCAUGGCGGGAGCGGCGGCGGGCGUGGCUUCGGGGUCUGGGGUUGGAGUGGGGGUAGAGUUGGGGGCGAGUGACACGCGCUCGCUACCGCUGCGUGCGAUCCCCGCACAGGCGCAAUCGCUGCACGCCACACUGUGCGCCGCCACAAGACACAACUGCGCGGCGCAUUUCCAGUUGCUGUAG